CGCAAUUGGAAGCCCCAGGAAGGAUGUAAAACAACCGUCAGCGCAAGCUCAUUACAAUUCAUGAACCAAGCCUUCGCCAUAGUAACAUUCCUAAUUUUGCUUUCCUGAUCCUUAUCAAAACACAGACGGAACAUCAGCCGGAUCUGCGGCCCAUUGCCAAAUAGCAGUGUACAUAGGGCAGGGAGCAUUCGCACUGGAUUCGGCCUGUGCGACCGGAGACUCUCGGGUCACAUAUUCACAUAUCGGUCCUCCUGGUUUGAAGCGAAUGUUUUUAUAUCUCUUCGAGUGAGUUGUCGAAGUCAGUGGAGAGGAUGGCAGAAGGAGGUUAUGACCCCUGUGAGUGCAUUUGCUCUCAUGAACAUGCCAUGAGGAGACUUAUCAACCUGCUGAGACAGUCACAGUCCUACUGUACAGACACAGAGUGCCUUCAGGACAUACCAGGCCCCAACUCCUCAGUAGAAGGGGACAUCACUCUGCCCAUGAUUAUUAUGGGAUGGCUAGUUCUAGCUCUCGUGAUCUUUCUGUUCCGCCCAGCCAGCUUGAGGGGCUCUUCAACCAGCGGCAAGCCCUCCAGUCCCCAUGGCAAUCACGGCAGAGAGCCACCAGCACCUCCAGUGGACUAGAACCCUGCACAAAAGAUUUGAUCUUUUAAUCCAGCUUCCACCUGAUCAGCUACUGUGACCAGUAUAACUUGUUAGCUUCCUUAAUCAUCUGUCAGUAUUUCUGAUUCCAGAUUCUUUAGUCCAAUAUUGAGAGGGUGAUCUACACAGACUAUUGGAUAACAAGGUGUUUCUACAAUGCUAGUUGCGUUUCAAAAGGGAGUUAAAAAAGAAAGUUGUCCAAGUGGU